CAGGUACACGGCAUCUUCAAUGCAGCGUUAAAAAACUUGGCCAUUCAGAUGUACACAAAGUGAAUGAAGAUUUCACAUCUCAACACUGUGCGAAUUGCCAGAAGAAAUUCCCGAUUCAAACACAAAAAUAUCGAUUCAAAGUGUGCCACUGUACUCGCGAUGCACCAAUACCACAAGAAAUAGAACCGUAUAUCUCACUACCACGGCUAAUUGUGACGAAGAAGAGUCAACGACGCAAAAAGAAAGAUAGCUGCGUGAAGAAAUUGAUCGAAAGAGGCAUCAUGGAUCCAGCAAAUCAACCAGCAGAAUUUCAACCAGGGCGAUUAGAGUCAAAGAAAAUGUACUUUCUGAAAAACUGGCUACUAAACCCUGUGAAUGCAAUUCAAAUGGGAGGCGACGCUGAUAAAUAUUCGGAACAACAACAACAACAGCAACAUCAAAAACGAUUUUGCACCGUUUGGCAUCGAGACAUUGUUGCGGCUAGAUGCAUCAUGUACAAAGGUCUUUGUUACAUAUUCAAUUUGGAAAUGCACAACUCGUAUGUCAGAGCACCACCACCUCCAAGAACACCAUUGCGUAGAGGACAACCAGCACGCAGAAGAGCCAAUGCAAACGUUGUUCCAGAUCAAUGAUUAAGCAGCGUCGAAAUCAAAAAGAAAAAAUAUAAUAACUCUGGUAGUUAGUAGCAAAGCUUGUAUUUUGUGGCUUUGGUGAUUGUGUAUAGUACACAUUGUCUAAAUGUGCAUGCACAGUUCAGUACAGAUUUAUCUGUAGGUAAGUAUUAUUUUAU